ACGAUUUUCGGGAGGGAACACAUUCCCCCACGUUCAUCAAGCGGUUGGAAAGAAAAUACAUAAAAAUGUAGAAAUUUCCGUCGAUUUGAUUCCCUCCCCACCGCAGAUGUCGCGUUCAAGGGUUCGGCUGUUCUAGAAGGUAAUGCAGGCUCGCUGUCGUUUUUGCCGGACCACUCAGUUCAUCUGGUUCAACGGACGAUGGCAGUCUCCGUAUCCACAAGAGAGUGACAUAACAGCGGCCGUGGAGUUCAGGGAGAGCCGGGGAUUCUCGUCCUGAGUCUCGUGUGGGUUCCUUUCAACAGGUUAUGGAUUCCAGCCUUCCAUGUUUGAUCCUCUUCAUCCUAACCACUUCGACCACAUGUGUUGGAGAUGAUUGCCUGCACAAUACCACUUGCCAUCGUGACUAUUGCGUCCUUGGAGCUGGCCCUGCCGGACUGCAGAUGGGUUACUUCCUCUCCAGAGCCAAAAGAGACUACAUCAUCCUGGAGAGAAACUCCGGGCCUGGCACUUUCUUUCACAAAUAUCCCCGGCACAGGAAGCUCAUCAGCAUCAAUAAGAUCCACACUGGACGCCAAAACCGAGAGUUUAAUCUCCGCCAUGAUUGGAACUCGCUGUUGAGCGAUAAACCAGAGCUCUUGUUCCGUCAAGUAAGCAGUGAGUUUUACCCGCCAGCUGAUGCCUUCCCACUUUACUUGUCCAUGUUCGAGCGGGAGCUCGGGCUGAAGGUCCAGUAUGGCGUGGAUGUUGGAAGGAUCAGGGCAGAGCUGUCAUCCACCAGUAGAAGUUACAUCCUAACUGAUCAACAUGGAAAGGAGUACACAUGCGGGGUUCUUCUGGUGGCUACCGGUUUGUGGGUUCCUCAGGAGGUAGAAUUUGUUGGAUCCAACCUGGUCGAGGGCUAUGAAUCCAUCUCCACCAACGCAGAGGACUACAAGAAUCAGGCUGUACUAAUUCUGGGCAAGGGAAACUCUGCUUUUGAAACAGCGCAGAGCAUUUUAGGACACGCCAGUCGGGUUCACAUGGUCAGUCGUAGUCCGGUCCGACUGGCCUGGCAAACACAUUAUGUUGGAGAUCUCAGGGCUGUGAAUAAUGAACUCAUAGACACAUACCAGUUGAAGUCUCUUGAUGGGUUAGUAGAAGCCACCCUGGAGCGAAUAGUGAUUGUUCAACAAAAGGAAGAUGCAAGGAGCAAAUCAAGCAAAGCGAAGAAGCCACAGUUAUAUGUGACGAUAAAUAAGUACAUUCAAAACCAGUCGGAGAAGAACACAUCGGAUGUGGCAGCUGAAGAACUGCUUGGGUACCACAUUGACAAUUUCUCCCUGCGGAAACCUUACGAUCGUGUGAUCCGAUGCCUUGGCUUUCGAUUCAACUUCAGCAUAUUUGACAGCUCUGCCUGCCCACUCAACAGUAAAAAUGCAAAAGGAAGGUUGCCACGGGUGACGGCCUGGUAUGAAGGCCAUGACACUCCUGGUUUGUUUGUACUGGGUACUGCUGCUCACUCCAGAGACUACCGCACGUCAGCCGGUGGUUUCAUUCAUGGGUUUCGCUACACAGUGCGAGCUGUGCAUCAUUUACUUGAGCAACGUUACCAUCGAACACCGUGGCCAUCUACAAAACUGUUGACAACGCAGCUACUGUCUGCAAUUUUGAAGCGGGUGGGUGAAGCCUCUGGCCCUUAUCAGAUGUUUGAGAUACUCGGGGACGUGAUAUUGCUGAGAGGACUUGGCUUUGUGGACGAUUGCCCGACGGUGCUAUCGUGCUGGACGGCUUCAACCUCCAUUGUGCUGAUGUGUCGCCGAGCUAAGUUAACAAGCUUAAUCGAUACUCUUUUCAGAAGGCCACUAUUACACUCUUACUGCGAGUAUCUGGAGGAAUUUCCACUCCAGGCCUUGCCUCAGUUCUCUUCUCUUUCGGGUCAUGAGGUGUCUGAGCAUGGAUUGGUGAUUCUGCUGAUGCAGUAUGGAAAAAAGAAGAUUGACUAUUUGGGAGGAGGCAGGGCAGUAACAGACUGGACAAAUGCUUGGAAAUCCAGCUUUCUACACCCAGUUUUAUACUACUAUGACACACUUCCUACUGAGGAAGAGAUGAAGAACCGUCCACAUGGGUGGCCUUUACCAAGGCCCAAGGCAAUUCAUCACAUGGUUGAAGACUUCCUCACUGAGUGGGAUGGCCCCAUCUCUCACAUCCAGCCUUUGCGACGUUUCCUGGAGCACUGCGUCAACACUGACCUCAGAGCCUUCUAUGCAGAAUCUUGUUUCCGCUUAUCCCUCACCCACCGCAUGCCUCCACUGUUUUGUCGCCAAGGAUACUUGAAGCAGCAAGGCAUCGCCCAGAAAAGUAAACAGAUGCAUUUUCAUUCCACUGGGCCUUCACCUGGUGGACAACAUGCAGAAACAUCAGCUGCUCGUUCCACAUUUCCUAACUACCUGCCACAGGCUGGAGCCUCCAUGUCUUCAGGUCUCAGACUUGACUUAUGAAUGUUUUGCCUCUUCAUGGACAUAGAAAUCCAGACAACCUGGAUUGCUCCUUUUCUUUACCAGUUUUAAUUUUGAGUUUAUCAUGCAUUAAACAGGCUUUAUUACUCAUAUGCAUACAUCAAGAUAAAUUUCCCGCUUUCGGCCAAGGCUAGCAAAAGCCCCAUGGAGUUUGUUUUUUUCACUCGGAUAUGGUCGGAAAUCUGUCAAGGCCGACGAUCAUGAAUGUUUAAUGUGUUAAAUACUGUAGUUCCAAUUUGAAAUCCUGUUGUGUAUUACAGUGGUGUUGUCCCUGACAAAAUCUAUGAUUGUGGAAUGGAACGAUACCCAAUCAUAAAAGAAACUAAAGGUCAUGCUGUUGCUGGACUUCAUAAAUGCAGGACCAACUUGUGUACAGAAAUUAUGAGUUGGCAAGGAAUCACCACUGUAAUGUAGCUAGUUACCAGAGAAGCGAAGAGCUAGCCUUGCUUCUUCCACUUUUUUUUUUUGUUUUUGUCUAUUGGGUUCAACUGAGUACUAUCCCAGAUUUCUGGUUUAUGGUAGAGGACUCUUCAUUUUCUGUGAGACCAUAAAAUGUGUGGUGUGGUGGUCAUUUACAAAUAUUUUACAUGACACAGAGUCACUAUAUUAACAAUAAACAAUAGUAUUUUUUUAUUGUCA